AUGACUUCCAAACCAGAAAUCGGCUUCUGCGGCCUCGGUGCCAUGGGCUUCGGCAUGGCCACCAACCUCGUCAAGCAAGGCUAUUCUGUCACUGGCUUCGACGUCUGGCAGCCCUCCCUAGACCGCUUCAAAGCCGCCGGCGGCAUUCCCUCAAACUCUCUCUCGGAUUCGGCCAAGGACAAGCCCUUCUACAUCAUGAUGGUUGCCUCGCAAUGGCAAGCUCAGCCCGCACUCUUCGACAAAGACGGCAUCGUCGCCGCACUGCCCAAGGGCGCAACGCUGUUACUGUGCUCGACGGUUCCAAGUGCGUAUGCGAAGAGCGUGGAAAAGGAGCUCGUAGAUAUUGGCAGAGGUGAUAUUUACUUCAUCGAUGCACCGGUUUCUGGGGGUGCUGGCAGGGCUGCAGAUGGCACAUUGAGCAUCAUGGCCGGAGCGUCAGAUGCGGCUGUGGAGAAAGGCAAGUGGUUGUUGCAAGAGAUGUCUGCGCCGUCGAAGCUAUUCAUCGUAAACGGUGGGAUCGGAGCGGGCAGCAAUAUGAAGAUGGUACACCAGGUGCUUGCCGCGAUCCAGAUUCUGGCGUUGAGCGAAGCGUAUGGAUUUGCAGCCCGGAUGGGGCUCAACGGCAAGGAUGUGAGCGAUGCGGUGUUGGGAAGCAAGGGUUGGAGUUGGAUGUUCGAGAACCGCACCCAGAGGACGUUGAAGGAGGAUUAUUUCCCGGGCGCCAGUGCGGUGACGAUCAUUCUCAAGGAUACGAGUAUCAUCACCUCCACAGCUCGCAACGUAGCUUUCCCUUCAAUCCUCUGCUCAGUGGCAGAACAAGUCUACUUCUCCGCCCUCGACCGUGGCUGGGGCGCAAACGACGACGCCGGACUGGUCCGCCUGUGGACCUCUGACCCCGUCUCGAGCAUCCAGAGCACUCUCUCUGCAGAGGACAAGCAGUCAAAACUCAAGCUAGUGGUUGACCUCCUUACCGGUAUCCAUCUCGUUUCCGCAGCUGAGGCCAUCUCGCUUGCAAAGCACGUCGGUAUCCCACUACAGCAAUUCUACGAAUUGGCAUGCGAUGCGGCUGGUGGAAGCACCAUGUUCAAAGAGGCCGGUGCGCAAAUGAUUGCCGUCUUGGAAGGCAAGGAAAAUGGCAGUGCAAGCGUGCUUGGUACCUACAUCGAUACGCUGAGAUCGGCGGUCAACCAGGCACAGGAGAUCAAGUGCCCUGUGUACCUUGGUGUGGGCGCUCUGAACACUUUGCUGCAGACCGGCUCGAGUCUGAGUUUGACUUCAUUGUUGAAGUGCUAUGGGGUUUAG